AAGAAGGAGGAGGAGGAGGAGGCGGCAGCGGCGAUGGCCACAGAAGGAGGGAAAACCUCUGAACCAGAGAAUAACAAUAAAAAACCCAAAACCUCAGGCUCCCAGGACUCUCAGCCCUCUCCUCUGGCUUUACUGGCAGCUACUUGCAGCAAAAUAGGGACUCCUGGUGAAAAUCAAGCAACUGGACAGCAGCAGAUUAUUAUAGACCCAAGCCAAGGAUUGGUACAACUUCAGAGUCAACCACAGCAGCUAGAACUGGUGACAACGCAGCUUGCUGGAAACGCCUGGCAACUUGUUGCCUCCACUCCUCCUGCUUCAAAAGAAAAUAACGUUUCUCAACCAGCUCCUAGUUCAUCUAGUUCUUCCAGCAGUAAUAACGGGAGUUCCUCUCCUACAAAAACUAAAUCAGGUAAUUCUUCCACCCCUAAUCAGUUCCAAGUCAUACAAGUACAGAAUCCGGGUGGCAGCGUCCAGUACCAAGUCAUACCCCAACUUCAGACGGUGGAAGGUCAGCAGAUUCAAAUUAAUCCAACCAGUAGUUCAUCUCUACAGGAUUUGCAGGGUCAAAUUCAGCUCAUUUCCGCAGGUAAUAAUCAAGCUAUCCUCACUGCUGCUAACAGGACAGCUUCUGGUAAUAUUCUUGCUCAAAACCUGGCAAACCAGACAGUUCCAGUACAAAUUAGACCCGGUGUUUCAAUACCGUUGCAGUUGCAGACCCUUCCGGGUACUCAGGCUCAAGUUGUAACAACCCUACCAAUUAACAUUGGAGGAGUGACUUUAGCUUUGCCAGUGAUCAAUAACGUGAGCACUGGAGGAGGGACUGGACAAGUUGGCCAGCCGACUACUACUACUGAUAGUGGGACUUCCAAUGGGAAUCAAUUAGUUUCUACGCCCACCACCACUGCUUCUGCCAGUACUAUGCCUGAGUCGCCCUCUUCCUCUACCACCUGCACAACCACUGCGUCCACGUCUCUGACAAGCAGUGACACAUUAGUGAGCUCAGCAGACACGGGCCAAUACGCAAGCACAUCGGCCAGUAGUUCCGAACGCACCAUUGAAGAGUCGCAGACACCUGCUGCUACUGAGUCUGAAGCCCAGAGCUCCAGUCAGCUUCAGCCCAAUGGGAUACAGAAUGCACAGGACCAGUCCAGUUCUCUUCAGCAAGUGCAGAUCGUAGGCCAGCCUAUCCUGCAGCAGAUCCAGAUCCAGCAGCCUCAGCAGCAGAUUAUUCAAGCUAUCCCACCACAGUCAUUUCAGCUCCAGUCAGGGCAGACAAUUCAGACCAUCCAGCAGCAGCCUUUGCAGAAUGUUCAACUUCAAGCUGUAAACCCGACUCAGGUGCUUAUCAGGGCUCCAACUUUAACACCUUCAGGGCAAAUCAGCUGGCAAACCGUCCAGGUUCAGAAUAUUCAAAGUCUUUCAAAUUUGCAAGUUCAGAAUGCUGGGUUGUCUCAGCAGCUAACCAUCACCCCAGUGUCUUCAAGUGGUGGCACAACUCUUGCUCAGAUUGCUCCUGUGGCUGUUGCUGGUGCCCCAAUAACUUUGAAUACUGCCCAGCUUGCAUCAGUGCCUAACCUUCAGACAGUGAGUGUUGCCAACCUGGGUGCUGCAGGUGUUCAAGUUCAGGGAGUUCCAGUAACAAUCACUAGUGUUGCAGGUCAGCAGCAAGGACAGGAUGGAGUGAAAGUCCAGCAAGCCACUAUAGCUCCUGUAACAGUGGCAGUUGGAGGGAUUGCUAAUGCAACGAUAGGUGCUGUUAGUCCUGACCAACUCACACAAGUGCAUUUGCAGCAAGGCCAGCAGACCUCUGAUGCAGAGGUGCAACCUGGCAAGAGGCUUCGAAGAGUCGCCUGCUCGUGUCCUAAUUGUAGGGAAGGAGAAGGAAGGGGCAGCAGUGAACCUGGAAAGAAGAAGCAGCAUGUUUGCCAUAUUGAAGGGUGUGGCAAAGUGUAUGGCAAGACCUCCCACCUCAGAGCACAUCUUCGCUGGCACACUGGAGAAAGGCCUUUCAUCUGCAACUGGAUGUUCUGUGGCAAAAGAUUCACACGGAGUGAUGAGCUUCAGAGACACAGAAGGACGCACACAGGUGAAAAGAGAUUUGAAUGUCCAGAAUGUUCUAAAAGGUUCAUGCGGAGUGACCACCUUUCCAAGCAUGUCAAAACUCACCAGAAUAAGAAAGGAGGUGGGACGGCUCUCGCCAUUGUUACCUCGGGAGAACUGGACUCAUCUGUUACAGAGGUGCUUGGCUCUCCAAGGAUUGUCACAGUUGCAGCCAUUUCUCAAGAUUCGAAUCCAGCAACUCCCAAUGUUUCGACAAACAUGGAAGAAUUCUGAAACGCUAUUUAUAACAAAGACCUCUCGUGCUGCACUUAAGUUUACACACCUUUGAAAAUCUGGAAAUGGGCUGGUCAAGUGGAAAUCAGAGUAGGAAGUCACGUUGCAUCCUUGGCAUCUUUAAGUGUUCCAGGGAUUUGAAAUUUUAGAUUUGGUUCAGCACACAGAGUGUUGAAUUUUUAAAAAUGGAAAAAGAAAACCAAUAUACUGGAAACAGAAAAGUAUUUCUUCCAUGCUAUAAGUUGCUGUAGUUUUUUGGAAGUACAUCACAUAACCUUUAAACAAAGCCCUCCCUUCUUUAUAACAUCAUGUGUCGUUAGCAUGUCUAAAGAGACAGACCAUACAAAUUUGCAGGCUGGACCUUAAUUGGACUUAAUCUGUUUGGAAGUACUUGGUUAAAAAAUUUAAUCAGUAAUAACUUACAUGCACUUCUUUUUACUCUGUAGCACAGAAAACAGAUUGUUAUCUGACAAUAGGGAUAAUACUGUGUUUCUUUGGCUUGGUUUUUGGAGAGAUCCGUGCAAAAUAGUUUUGGCCGUCUUUUCUAAAAAAAUAAAAAGUUCUUCAAAAGUUGAAUUAGGUUACGUUCCAAAACACCAAUCUGAGAUGUAUCUCAGGUCUUUAUCACCACUACAUUGUAGUAGUGUGUAUGCAGACAAUCAGUGGAGCCCAAUUAUUUUCUCCAUUUUGGAGACACAAGAGGACCUUAGAGCAAAAUCUUAGGUUAAAUUUUAGAUUGAAACCUUAGGAAAAUGCUGGGGGAAAAUUCAUUAUAACAGAGUUCACAACAGCUUCAAGCUUCAGCUCACGAAAGGCAAGAGGAAGCAGUUUAAACAAUGUUUUGAAGUUAGGGUUGGCUGUGUGCCUAACCCUGUGUUAGGUAGCAAAAUUUCUUUUUAAAUGUUCAUACUGGAAAUACUCUCAUCAGAUCUAUGUAAUCCUGUGUAAUUUCAUAUUAUGUAAAUAUAAGUUAUGCUUACAGUGUGCUGGAUUCUUUAUGGUUUGACUUAGUAGCCAAAGAAAGAAUUAUCAUACUUUUUCCAGGCCAGCAGAAAAUUGUUUUUAACUACAUUAUAAUUUUUGUUUUUCUUUACUAAAAAUUGGCAAAUAUAAUUUUUUUUAGUAACAUGUUAGGUUUAUGAAUAACUUAUAUCACAGUGAUAUCUUUAUGUUGUGUCAAUAACAGAAUUUUCCCUAAAGGUCUAGACAGUUUAACAAAUGUAUAAUAGAAAAGAUAUUAUGAAGCAAAAAAUAUUUUUGGAAAACCAGAAUACUUUUCAGUUAAAUAGCGACUGAAAAUAUAUUUCAUUGUUUGUGCAAGGGUCUUAGAGAAGAGCGUCUUCUUAGGAAAGAUGGCCAAACUUUUCAUAUGGAAAACAAUUGGAUUAUUCUAAUAGAUUAAAAUUAGUAAGACACUUAGUGUUUUUUAGGACUUAUUUACACAGAAUCAUAACUAUUGAAACUGACCAUUUGGAAACUGAAGUUUCUGCUUACUUCGUUUGUUACCAUCAUUGGUUGGAAUAUAAGUCUAUGUUUUCUUGUGCAUUCUUUAUUAUUUCAAGAAAAGUACUACUCAUGAGAAUUCUCUUCCAAAAUCAUGUUUCUUGUAUUUUUGAUGAAGGAGAAAUACUGUAAUGAUCACUGUUUACACUAUGUACACUUUAGGCCAGCCCUUUGUAGCGUUAUAUAAAACUGAAGGCCUUUUGUGCUUUCGGUUUGUAUAAAAAAGCUUUGAGAUUAAAGGAAAAAAAUUUUUACACUGUGGUUAUAAAUUUCAAGUUUCUUAAAGCUUUUGUAGACUUGUAACAAAGUCUUUAAAUUUUAGUUGAAUUUUGUAAAUUGUUUUGUAUAUUUUAUUUAAUGUACUCCUAACAACUGAUGUAUCUGGCUUUAAAACAUCAGAAUCAGUUUGUUGUUUUGUGUGGUACAGAGGAGCAUUUGGUAGUGUUAAUUUUAAUUUUAUUAUAUAGGAGCUGAAACAUCAAAUAUAUAUUUUAUCUAUCAUGCUACACAAUCAGUGCUAUAAAUUUUUUUAUGCAAAGAGACUUUCUUAAUGUUUUAAUCAUGUUUUCUCCAAGCUGUACUUUUCGUUGUUAGCACCAAGUAUGAGCACUCUGCCAUCACUAUUCCAUGAGCCAGUUUUACGGAACCCAUGUAUGCUCAUCAGAAGUGCAAGUUAUCCUCACCAAGAAUGAGGCCUAUUAUCAAUGUAUUGGACUGAAUCUGGAUAACCUUACAGUAUAUAAAAUAAUCAAGUCAGCGGGCACAUGUCACCACUGAAAUUAGAACUAUCUUGACAGUCUGUUCCGCAUACCAUUCUGAGUCCACCUCUCUGUCGUACAGCAGUCGUAAAUUUCAGUGUCCUUUAUUUGACUCAGUGGGAUAUAGCCGUAGCAGGGCACAGAUGUGCAGUUGAGUCUUGUUAAUGGCAUUUCACUGCUCAUUCUCUUUGCCACUGUUACGAAGCUUUUCUUUGUAAAAUUAUCAGUGCAAAGCUCUGUAUUUAUCAUGGUAGAACUCCAGUGUUAGAAUAGUUUUCUCUUACAGUAUACUUUCUUUGGUUAGGUUUGUGUAUGUGUUGCUGAUUACAUUAGAACUUGAUGUUAAGUCAUUAUUUAUCACACUCACGAGAGCAGUAAUAAAAGUGUGUAAUCUAGGAGAAAAAGUUAAUUUGUCAAACUUAGAUAAGCAUGAUGUUAGGUCCUAUUUUUCAAUUUUAUAACUGUUUUAUUGCAACAAUAUUUGUAUUUAAGUCUCCAUUUUAAUGCCUUGUGGUGUUUUUUUUUAUGCAUGUCACUAAGUUGUCAUCCACAUAAAUUGAUGUGCAGCAUAGGGUAUUAAAUCUACAUAAUGAUUUUAAAACAGAAAUAGUUGAUGGUAAAAUGUAAAUGUUUUGCAAAGUUCCUUAUAAAAAGUUUCGUAGUAACAUUUCACUUGUAAAUUUUUUGUAAAAAAGAAAAUGGAAAAAAAGAUGAAUACAGGAAAAAAAAAACUGUUUUCCCAUAUCCUAGAGUUUAGACAAUUAUUCUGCCAGCAAAGCCUCUGGGGCUGUAAUUGACAUUUUUACAGUGCUGAUUUGUAUAAAAUUUGUUUUUUUGUGGAUUUGGAAAUAAAAUCAUGUACAAGUUGUUGCCUGCAGUAACAAUUGCAAGUAACCUAUUAAAGUCCCCUUGGGUUAAACAUGCUUCAUUUAAUUAUGUAUACCAUAGAGCAGCAAUAAAGUGUUUAAACUACCAACCUUCUCAUCACAGUGAACACUGAAAAUUUAAAUGCCUCUCACUAGAAAAUGUAUUGACAACCCUUUUUAAUCCUGGUGUUAAGAUCUGAUCAACACUCUCCUGAAAAUACCGCCAGAGAACACCAGUUUAAAUUGCAUGUUAAUUUGUGACCAUUGCUGUAGACAUUUAUGGAAAUUAAAUUUUGAUUUAGAGACACUUUAUUUAAAUAAUUUUAUGCAAUAAAUGUUACGAAAUAGUAGGAUGGUCUAAGAAAUGAAAAACAAAAUUAAAAUAAUAUUUAGGCUCAUAUCAACAUGAAGAGUCAGUGUACACCACCUAAAUGUGAGAAGGUCUGUGAGAAGAACAGAACUGCUUUUCCCUCUGUGAGGCUUGCACGUCUCACAAAAACCUUACCACCAUAAGAAUACACUACAGUAUGACUUAAGAUAUGUUUCCAAGUCUGCAGAUCCAGCCAGGCUGCUGGGGAAAACUGCAGGAUGUUAGGCACAAAGGGAAGUGAACUGCCCACAAGGCUCCAACUAGUGUUUAAACAUGGACUGGUUAGGCUGGUAUACUAUGUGUGUACAUAGCUUGUACAGCACAGUCUAAGGGCAUGGCUGGACUACAAAUAUAUAUACAUAGCAUGUGUUCUUAACCAUGAUCAGACCAAGGAGCAGUUAAAUUUAUGCUUCUCUACCAAGUAACAACUUUGUCAAAAGAUUUCAUGCCAAAACUAAAGGUACCCAUCUUGACCAGGACUAUUAACUAUGCCUGUUUCUUGUUCCCCUGGGUUGUUCUCUUAUUUAAGGCCAAAGCGUUAUGUCAGUUCCCAAGGAUAAACUUGGAGUUCUUUGGCCUGUUUGCCCAUUCAUCUUACCAGUGAGCACUGAUUAAAUUUCUUUUUAUCCCUCCCAAAACUAGUAUAUGUUUCAGUUUCCUGAAAGAUUGACAUAUACUUAUCAGGAUGUCACUGUAUGAAAAGGUAAUGAAACUCAAAACCUGGAACUUUCACUUUGAAUACCGUAAUGGUCCGGUUUCUGAACUAGGAAUUCCCAACCACAUGAACAAGACUGAAGCAAACAGUGGGAUCAGUCACAGACUGCUGACGUGUUUGUUGUGGAACUGAAGCAAUGGUUAGAGCCGGUAUUGUAAUAGCUGUGGUCAGGAAACUUAUGUUUGAUAGAGCUUAUCUUAUUUAAAAGUUUAGGUGCUAAGUUAUAGGGGCAUGGAGACUUAAGAUGCCAGUGAUAAAUGUGGACUUCUUUGAUUCUCUGGUGAUUGUUGUACGUGCUGUGAUGUUCAUAGUAUGCUGAAUCAAUUUAUAAUUGUGUUGCAGAAUUUUAAAGGCAUUUUCUAAGAUUUUUCUGGUUGGCAUAGCCUUGGGCUCUGCUUCUCUUAGUAGCAGACGACAAUGAAAUCGUUUAUUUUUGGAUACCUGAGCAAGAUCUCAAAUGGAAAUAGUGGAAGGAGUCAAGGAAGGGUCGGGAAGGGAGCACAAAGGGCUGUUGAUAAUGCAGUUUGUCUGUCCAUGGUGAUAGCUCUUGGAAAAGAAGCCAGAGUUCAGGCUGGGCUCCUGGAUUCGUCGUUAUUGAGCUAGUUACUCAGUUAUGGUUUCUGCAUCUUGCCUUUAUUUGCACAAUGGUGAUCGAUACUGUUAGUUAAGUACACCAGGCACUUGGUAAGCAACAACAUUCACAGUCUGUAUCCUAGAAGAGGUUACUUUAUUCAUGAUACUGUGCCAAAACAUCCUGAACUGGAUGGCUUGUGAACAGUAGAAGCAAGCCCAAGGUUCAGUGUCUGAUGUGAACCAGCUCUCUGGGUUCAUGUGUUCCCUUGACAACCCGCACAGUAGAAGGGAUGAAGUGGUUUUCUGAGGGCCUUUUUUCUCGGGGCACUAAUACCAUUUCAGGAGGUCACCAUUUUUAAUCUCUUACCACCUCAUAGAGGCCCCACCUUCUCUACUGUGUUGGGACUUGGAUUUCAACCUGGGAAUCUGGCAUUGAACAGUUCCCAACAAGAUGAAUGGCGAAGUGCUUUGGCAAAGAAGCAUCACGCUGCAAAGCUAACUCAAAACUGCCUGGAAAGGAAAGAAACAUCAGCAGGAAUUCCCCAUUUCAAACAUGUUUUUCUCAAGCUGAGCUAGUCUGAGGUAUCUAUGGUACCUCAAAAUUGCAUGAUAGUAGUCUCCGGAUUGGCUUGUCACACUGGGGACAAGACUGAAACUACUGAAGCACAUCGAGAUUGUGCCUCCUGGGAGGAGCCAAAGCAGGGCAAGUAAGGAUGCCCAGGUUUCAAGACAGCCGAGAAAACUCAUCUGCAGACAGAUCAGACACGACUAAGGGACAGGAGACAAAUGGGACGAUGAGCCUGCACAGCUGCCUCAAGCAACAAUUCAUCUGUGCAUCCUACCUUCCUAGGCAGUUGGCUUGUUUUAAAUUGUGUUAUUUAUUAUCUUGCUAUGAAAUGCAGUCUAAUAAAUAUUUUAUUUAUAGUAGUAUUUUGUGAUGUGGAGGCUAUAAUAAAGUUAUAUUUUCUGCUGAUAAAAUUGUUUCUAGUUUAUAUAAUUUUAUGCUGGGAUUAAAUGUAUGAGUUGUUCAUGGCGAAAUGUAAAGGCCAUCAUGAUUUCUAAGUAUUUGAUCACCUAACAGGUUUGGAAACCACUACUGAGGAAAAUAUCAUAAAAGCAAACAAGCUAACAAAAAAGAAAAAUAUCAAAUUCAGUAAUAGUGUUAGCUGGUUAGACCUUUAAUUAGCAUAACCAUUUUAUAUCUUUACAGCCUUCUUUAUACUAGCUUAUGCUUUGUGUAUGUGAUUGGUGGAGUGUUAUAUCUUUAAUGAUGCUUUGUAAGAAUGAAGUUUAUGAGUUAUUGUAUUUCUUUCUGAUUUCAUGGAUAGAAAAAAAUCAUUGUUGAAAAAAAACAAGUCCCAAUUUGGUGGUUCUAUAUUAGUUUAUUUAAAGAACCCGAGGUGUUUUGUUGUUGGUUGUUCUCUUUAUUUUUCUUGGUUUUUCAUAAUGUAGACAGUGGUUCAUAUUAAAAGUCUAUGUAAAUUGGUCCAAAAAUUCUGUAAGUAACUGGAAGUACUUUCCUCUUACAUCCUAUUUGUGAAUAAGACAGAUUUAAGAAAAAGUGAAAGGGAAAAAAAGCAAACCUAGCAGAUUUCUUGGAGUUAAUCAUUUUACAGAUACAGGCAUUUUUCUGUAUUUUUUAGGAAAAGAAUUACCUUGCUGAUGAAAGUGAAUUUUAAAUAUUAAACUUAUUUGAAUCUG